UUAUUUACUGUAGCUAUUCAUUUUCUUUGUUCCUUUGUAUGGAUUGUUGGUAGACAGAGUUUACUAUGUGGAAAAUAUUGCUGAGAAUCCAGGCAAUGGCAGUGUAAUUCUGCUGGCCAAAUACAGUUAACUAUGUAGAAGGGCUGUGGAAAUGAGUAAGAGAACCCGGAUUUUUCAUGAGGCAGAGCAAGACUGUAUCAGUUCUCUCUUCCUUUUACUCUAGCCAACUUUAACAUGUUUGUGAAGCCUUGGGAUGGGAAAGUCGCUUCCCCCAAGAAGAAGGCACUGAAAUGUAAGGCACCCGGGAGUUUUCCCUCUGCUGUAGCAGCUGUGAAACCACGGACUGCCUUUGAUGCUGACACAAUGGGACCUCCAGCCAAAAAAGCAGCUAUGGCUGUUCCAGCCAUGCUGGAGCAUGUCCCAGCCACCAGACUUGAAGAAAAUCCCCAAAACAGACCUGAAGCACAUCUUGGAAGCCAGGCAGAAUCUGUGGAGCCGAUGGAGUUGUCAAGCUCGACUUCAGCUUCUUCCCAGCUAGAAGAAGCAAGGACACGCCAGCUGAGUUCCACAGGCAACGCGCCCUUAUCUGUAGACGAGGAUUUUGAGAUGCUACUUUGGGAAAUCUCAGACAGCAUACUGGAAGCAGAACUCGACUUGGACCCAGGGAAGGAUGAGGAUGACCUCCUCCUCAAACUUUCCAAGAUGAUUGACGAUUGAACUGCAGAGUCCUAUAGUAUAUUUAAAAAAAAAUAAAUUAAAACUCUUCUUCUUGUUGGAUACCCCGAGGUGAUCCUUUUUCUAACUGAGGCUUUGCAAUGAGACUUAAAGCACAGUUUGAACUGGUAGAAAUUGGCAGGAUCUGCACUCAGUUGUCCUAAGUUUCCCUGCUGGUCAGAGUUAAGGUCUUGUGCAUCUGUUCUGUAACUAUAGGUGGCUACCUUUGAUAUCAAGAGGACAAAGCACUUGUUUCUUUUGGCACAGAAAGAUGUGCAUUGACACACUGUGGUGGCUGUGAAUUGACGUACUGAUGGAGCAAUGCUCUGAAGGCUUAAACGUAAAGCUUCUUCCUUCCUCCCCCCUUGGCACAACUCGAUGUUGGGCACAUUGUGAAGCUUCGGUGUUCUGAUUUCUCGGACAGUUGAUACCCAAAUCCCGGAGUUACUAUGUCAACUCUUGACUUUUAUUUGUGUAUGCCAUUGUUUUGACAGUAAUCUUUUCAGACGAUGAAGCUGUAGGGGCGGGAGGGAGCAGAAUAAUUAUUCUAGCGUUGUGGACCAAACAUGCUGCCACGAGGAGGGGGGGGGGGUGUCAGCCCACCCAGCCUUACUUUCAAUUAUCAGGGAUGAUAAAAUGGUGUGAAAAGCAGCAGCUCUGCGAUACGACUAUGCUACCCCCACUCCCUUCUCUUGUGCUGUACCAAAGUUCCCCCAAGCUUUGGUUGGUGCUUUUUGCUGGUGACAGUAGGACUCCGGGGCGAGUAGUCGGGACUCUUCUGCAGUAACUGGGUCAACUAAGGGUUGUUCUAAGUGCCUCUUGGUUUUUAAAAUUGCUCCCCUGAGCUGCUGGCUCUGCUGCCUGCUACAGCAAAUGUUCGGGUGCCAUCAGCAUCGCACUUGGGCGUGGGCACUGACCCUGCGGAGGAUAGCUGAGACUCAGGUGUAUUGUGUACCCUGCCACCAGUGAUCGUUUUCCCCUAGCAGAUCUAUUUUGAAUUAUUUUCUUAAAUUUUAGAGGAACUUUAGGGUCUUCAUGCUAUGAUUUGUGAAGCUGUAGGGGCCCUCAGGCAUUUGCUGCUGGCAGAGGAAAACCGCUUGUUGAAUUUGUUGUAAAUACUUUCUGUUUGGACAACAACGCCUGUGUGUGUGUGUGCUUAGACGACCCCCUGCGACGCCCCAGCUCCACGAGGGAAGCUUUGAAGUGGCUCUGGGAAAACCUCUGCAGAAGAAACUG